AUGGGAAGCUUUAAUAUGAAUUUAGUGGUGUUCAUGGCUAUAAUGGUUGCAUCCAUGCAGCUUCACGGCACUGCAGCCCAGACAAGGCAUGUCGUUGGUGACGCCUUGGGAUGGACCAUUCUUUCCGGUGGGGCCGCUGCUUACACCACUUGGGCGUCACUUCAAACAUUCACCGUCGGCGACAUUCUCGUCUUUAACUUCACCAACGGAGAUCACGAUGUUGCAGAGGUCUCAGCGGCGGCGUACGGCCCAUGCACAGCCACCAAUCCCAUCUCCCUUGUAACCACUGGCCCUGCCUCCCUUACCUUGACCACCGCCGGCACCCACUAUUACAUCUGCACAUUUGCAAGCCACUGCCAACUUGGUCAGAAGUUAACCAUCAACGUCUCCGCCGACGCCUCUACUACACCUCCAUCAGCAACACCCACAACACCGGCGUCUCCACCAACCACCAUCCCUACACCUCCGUUAUCAGCACCCACAACACCGGCAUCUCCACCGACAAUCUCCCCGACAACACCCGAUGUUCCCUGUCCCCCUACCUCAUCUCCAAGCUCCAGCCCAUCAUCACCACCAACCGUCGUAACCUCCGACAGGAUCACUCCGGUUCCACCACCUAGUGGAGGAGCUCCGUCUUUCUCCGCCAUGGUACCUGCCAGUUUCUUGAUAAUUGGCUUGGCUUUUUUGAACUAUUAA